AUGGAGUUAGUAGUCAUUCCAUUUCCAGGCAUAAGCCAUUUGGUACCAUUGUUGGAGAUGGCAAAGCUGUUAGUCGACAGAGAUUCUAAACUUACUGCAAAUGUCAUCAUCAUCAACAUGCCCGAAGGCCCUCCAAUGGACAUCACUUCCAUCAAACAAUCCAUCUCCACCGAUCGAAUACGUUUCAUCGAAAUCCCCAAGGACGAACGCGAUUCAACCCGUGAGGUCAUGAAGAACACCUCCACAUCCUUUACCAAUUUCAUCGAGACCCAGAUACCCUUCAUCCAAGACGCAAUCACAACACACGUUAUCAAACGCUCUGGAUCAGGCCGCCUAAUCGCCUUUCUUGUUGACAUGUUCUGUGUUAGCAUGAUGGAUGUAGUCGAACAGGAUUUCGACGUUCCUGGCUAUAUAUUCUUCACAUCUAAUGCAUCUCUACUUGGACUCUCUAACCAUCUACUCACAUUAAGCGAUAAUGGACAGGACAUCACCGAUUUCAAUGGGUCGGACGUUGAAUUGGACGUGCCGGCCUUCCCAAUUCCAUUUCCGGCUAAGGUUCUUCCGUGGAGGGUGAUGGAUAAGACUGCUAUUUGCCCACUGAAGGGGUAA